AUGGCCAGCUGCUCAUCGGGUGCUGGGACCGCUAAAUUAGCACUAAUAGCAGAAACAGGAAGAACAGUGGUAUCAGGAACAGAGGAGUGCUCCAUGGAUCUUCCAGCUUCAUACGUGAAUGAAGAAUCGAAGGCCUCAUUCUAUUUUGCUUUCGGUGGCCCCUCUAAGGCAUUCGACCCACACGACGGAGACUUCCACAUGGAAGCCUAUCCAGGAGCACUUCACGAAGAAUUCUCCGAUGAAGCCACCCUACUAGCAGCAGCAGAACAAGCAAUUAGAAGCUCUUUGUGGGAACAAGGAAUAACUCCUCUACGCGAUCUUAUGGAGCUUUGUUCAAUUGAUUCCCUGGAACGGCUCUGUGGUGCCCUCACAGGGACCCACAAGGCCUUUAAUGUUCUGGGAUGUCCUGGAAGUUUCAGUGCCCGAAGUAGAAUUGCAAGCCCCACAUAUCACUGGUGGGCCCCCGAUGUACCUGCCUUUAUGGAGGGCGUGCCGAGGCCACUCCCCAGCGAGGAUUUGCCUCCGCUACAUUCAAUGGACUCCCAGGCCAUACGGUACCAUCUACUACCCCUAUCCCUGCUGCAUAAAUUCAGUGGAGCGUACAUGGGUUCCGUUUCUUGGGGCCUUCAUCCUAAAGACCCACUUCCUCAGAUUCCACUUCACGGGCGCGCCAAUGCUUCCCCUCCUCUCCGAAUCCCAAAGAAAAGAGAGUCUAAAGGAAAAGCUUUAAAAAAGGGGAAAAAAAGCACAAGUGGGGCCCUUGAAGACUACUGCGCGGGCCCUACUGCUAGUAAUUUCCUUCCUAGAGUGCAGUCUUACUGGGAGGCCCCCCUUGAAAGUUCCCGGGCUUCUGCAGAUGACUGCUCCCUUAAGAAUCUUGCUGGAGGGGGCUGUUCAGCUAGGCAGCCCUUUGAAGAGCCGGACGAAAGCAUACUAAAUUGCUCACAGGGAGUCUUUUGUUUGGAAGGAACACGAGUUACUUGGCUAGAGCCAAAAGACUUGGCGGGCCUCCUGCGGAAGGUUGGGGGGUCCCUGCGGUGUCUGUCCCUGGGCGGCAGCCUUGUGCAACAGGACGCUGAGGCUGCCCUAGGAGUCUGUUGCAGCACGCGUUUUCUGCUUCCAUUAGAGAAGCUCAAGGAGCUGCAAGUCUCUCGCUGCCCAGCCUUUUCAGACAGCUGUAAGAAGACUGAGGCUUUUCUCUCGGAGCACCAAAACAUUUGUUGCCUGAACAUCUCCCUCUGCUGUCAAAGAGAAUCCGACAUCAAGCUCGGCACGUGCCUCGCUAUGCUGCCCCACCUUCAGGAUUUGGAAUGCUGUGGCUAUUUGGAACUUAAUCAUGAUACAUUGAUUCGACUGAGCGAAAAGAGAGGAGGAUUGAGGGUCCUGCGGGUGGCGGGCUGUAGCAGCAUACAAGAUGAUGGCCUGAUGCUCCUUGCUAGGAGGAAUUGUACGCAGGAGCUCAAAGUCUUAGAUGUCAGGGGUUGCGUCAAGCUAAGUAUAUUGUCCUUGGAAUUUAUCUUAAAACGUUCUCCUUUGCUAUCUAUUGUAUACCUCGAGGGCUUGCCUAAACUGACAGAAGAGCAAACACACGAUCUCCGGACUCGGUACUCUAUGUGCAAGAUUUACAGUGGAGGGGCAGGUCAAAGCUUCUUUGUUGCACCAGCUUACAGACUCAUUGACGCAAAUGAAACAGACAAAACGAGAAAACCUGAAAGAAGCCGAUAA